AUGAAUACUAAAAAUUAGAGAAUCCCAAAAUUUGUGACCAAAUUGAUUGAAAUAUUAGAUAAUUAAUCUUAUUAAGAAAUUAUUAGUUUCGAUUAAAAAGGUGAUGGUAUUAUAAUCCAUCAAUAAGAACUAUUUGAAAAUUAGAUACUCUUAAACUAUUUUAAGCAUAAUCAUAUUGACUCAUUUACUCGCUAAAUGAAUAACUAUGGAUUUAAACGCGUGAAGAAUCAUUAAGGGAAGUAUGAAUUUAAAAAUCCAUACUUCUAGAAAAAUAAUAAGUAUUCCUUUUAUAAUAUCGCGCUUAGAAAUUUGAUUCACUUAGUCAUGAAAAAGAAACAAGAAAAAAUAAAAAUAAUAUCACAAUUCUUAGCAUUAAAAUCAGAGCUAAACUCUUUUUCAAAAGAAUUAGACUAAUUUAAUUUUUUCGCCUCCUCUUAUUAAUAAAGCUAAUCUAUUUUAACAGAAUCUUAAAAUAAAGCUAAAUUAGAAAUGAUUUCUAUUUCAUAAAAGAACCUUGAAUUGGAAAAAAUGCUAAACUCUUUAAUUAAUGAAAAAAAAUUGUAUUGA